UGUCCUUCAGGUCCCCGGGGCGAGUUCCGACGUUACCGCCACUGCCGCGUCAUCCUGCUUGUUUGAGUAGCCGCGCUUAGGCGUCCGUUGCAUGGAUCGCCAUAAGCUCUUAGGACCACCGAACCCGCACGACCUUGGUGACUGCUUUGCAAACUCCGUGCACGGGUUGGACGCAAACGUGGGUUGUAGAGGCUUUAAUUUUUCCCAGCGUUGCCUCUCGGUUACUCUAUAACCCGGUUAGUGCGAGAUUGCCAGCCCCACACCUCGACUAGACGCUAAGGGCGAAAACUCAGAAAAAGCAGAAACUUCCCUGGUGGCUUCCUGAAGAGCAGGAAUAGCGGAAUGACUAGGCCAGCAGCACCCUAGAGACUGAUACCUCGGGGCUUCUCACCGUCGUGGCCUGUUCCUAUGUGGCUUAAUGCUGAAAUGAGUGGUCGCUGUGUAGAGCAAAGGAUUAGUAUAAAGUUUUGAGUGAAAUUGAACAAGUCUCCAAGUGAGACCCACCGUCUUUUGAAAGGGUUUAUUUAUUUAUUUAUUUAUUUGGUUUUUCGAGACAGGGUUUCUCUGUGGCUUUGGAUUUUGAAAGGGUUUAAAGUAGGGUGGGAAGAUGGCCUGGAUGAUGCAUGAAGAGGUCAUCCAGUCACGCACAGGACGGAUGAAAAUACCCAAAAGGUCAAGGACUCGGUUUGUUCAAACAGGCAGUUAAUGGUGAGAACUGCUGAAGGAUUAAAUUUAGAUAGAACCGUUAGACUCAUUCUGAAAGAAAACCUGAACAUGAGAAAAGAAUGUCUCGCCAAAGUACCCGCGAGUAUUCUGAAGCAUGAGCCUGAACUUGAGAAAUUUGAAUUCCCCUCUGACCAUUCAUUCAAAGGAAAUUAGGAAAAGCCAGUUUAUAUAUGAGGGAAAGGGUAACAAGUUCUGAGACGCGGAGUCCUUUGCAGCAGGAAGCUAGUCUCUUGUCUGUGUUGAAUCCCAGAAUCCACGUCCCCACCCCCACCCCUGCCAGGCAGCUUCUGCAGGGGUCAGCCUCAGUCAGCAAGCAUUCCCCCUAGGGUGGCUCAGGAUUGGUUCACAUCCUGCUGAAAUGAGCCUGAGGUCGCCAGAACCUGACCAGGGAGCUGCCCUCAUCUGCUUUUCAUCUCUGGCUCCUCCUUCAUGCUUGGCAGGAUCCAUUUACAUAUAAUAUUGAUCUGUGGGGUCCUCUUCCUUGCUGUUCCCAACCUUCUUGGAGGGCUUGUGGCUGUUGACUUCUGGUCACCAGCUUUUUAUUUCUAUGGCUCAGCAAGUGUGGCUCUCUUAAGUGCCUGUAGCUCGGCUUGGGGCUACCCGGCACAUCCUGCUGACCCAGGGGAUGUGCCAGUGAGAAGCGCCAGGUUGACGUCUAUUUCUGUGUCCGGGGAGACAUAAUUUUCUGAGGGGACCCCAAAAGAAGUCCUGCAGUUUCAGCCUGCUUCACAGGGUCUGAGAGGUGUGGUACAGAAGACAGUGUGAUCUAACCCCAAUGACUCAGGGUCGGCCUACAAUAGUUACCUCACAGAACUCCCCUCCUCCGACAGGAGAGCUAGGUGUGUCUCAUUCUCCUGUGUUUUAGACCACCAUUCUUUGGGGUGUUCCUUCUGCUAGAAGAGAAGGAUUUGGCCCUAGAACAUUUAAGCCAUGAGACCCAGGUGAAGGCCGUGAUGUCCCAUGAAGAGAUGAGAUGAUUCCUCGGGUCUCACGUUAAGGGAGUCUGGGAUACAGUAUCGAUUCACACAUGAUAUUUAUUUGGUAACUGAGGUCAAGUGUGUUUGGAGCAUCGAUGGUGUGAAGCUCUGUAGUGAGAUUUCUGAGGAUAGGUGGGGUUUACGGAGGAGGUGGUUUUUAACUAUAUCCUUGAAGAAGGGUGAGAGAAAGGACCGUGAGAUUGGAGGAUGCACAGGAUGGUACAGCAUGAGGUGCACUUUUAGAGUUAAAAUACUCAUGUCGGGAGAGGGGCAGGCAGUGGUGUUGCAUAUGAGGAAUUUGAAAACUUUGGGCUUCCUCUCUUCUGCCCUUAAUUUUAUGCUGGUAGUUUAUACAUUGCUAACCCUGUGUCUCGCAGGUGGGUUUAUGAUAAACUCCCUUGUUAGAGCAGCUAAUUGGACCUCCCACUCCCAAAAGCAGGCCCUACAAAUUUAAACACUCUCUUCGUACCUCACUGCCAGAGUUCAUGGAAUGAAACUUGUCUCAAGAGGGUUGCAAGUACUCCACAUGGGCGGAAGGCAUCUCAGAAUGCCUAAGGGGGUGCAGAGGGAAGGGAGGCAACAGCAUCUCCGCGCUGGCCAGUGUCUGCCUUACCCAUGGUGCCCAGCACUGCGGCAUGAUUCACUUUACUGUCUGUCCUGCUUUCAAAAGGUUUCAAGGCUGGGUGUGGCAGCACACACCCAGACUUGGCAGGCAGGAGCAGGUGGACCUUCAGUUGUGAAGUUCCUUGAAAGCCAGAUCUUGUUAUCUAGCAAAGCUCUUGAAGGGGGGUGGAGAAAAGGCUCAGCAGAUUCAGAGCACUGACUGCUCUUCCAGAGGACCUGGGUUCAAAUCCCGGCACCCACAUGGCAGCUCACAGCUGUCUUUAAUUCCAGUUCCA